UUUGCAGUUUGUCCAACAACCUUAAAAAGGAUAUGCAGACAACACGGAAUCACGAGAUGGCCUUCGAGGAAGAUCAAGAAAGUUGGCCAUUCGUUACGCAAACUCCAACUAGUCAUUGAUUCAGUUCAUCCCGGAGGCCAACUUCAAAUCGGCUCUUUCUACGACAAUUUUCCCGAACUAGGCUCUCCAGACGCACCCAAAGAUCAACUAACAAAUCCUCCGGCAGUCCCUACCUUGACGACGAAUUCAAAGUCACCUCCAUCUUCCUCGUGCAGCCAAAGCUCCACCUCCAGCUUCUCAUGCUCGGCAGAAACGAAACAGACGACGACAACAGCAACAACGAGUCUUGUCAUUAACAACAACACUUCAGGCGGGUUGUUGAAAAGGGCAAGAAGCGAUGCAGAAUUACUCAACGCCGGCGGAGAUGAGAUGGAAACGAAGUUCCUCUUAAGAUGCCACAGCCAGAAACUGCUCCGCGAGCUUCCCAGCCAAGGAGGGACACCAACAAUGACGGUUUUCAAAGUAAAAGCGACGUUUAGAGAAGUGAAGAUCCGAUUUAGUAUGCAUCAGAAUUGGGGGUUUAUGGAUCUGCAAAGGGAGAUUGCUAGACGGUUCAACCUGGAGGAUGUGUCCGUUAAGUACUUGGACGAUGAUUCUGAGUGGGUUCUUCUGACGUGCGACGAGGAUCUUGAGGAAUGCGUGGAUAUACAUAAAUGUUCGAAGAAUCGGACGAUUAAACUCUCCGUUCAAGAAGGGUUCAACCCGAAUAAUGGAAGUUCAUUUGGUGGCAUCUCUUCUUUGUGAGAACCAUGCAUGACUUCUUCCUUGAAAAGUAAAAUUAGAGAUAAUGUGUAAUUGACUUCUCUUUUCAAAGAAAUCUGAUCCACUCUUUAAAUAGGAUCAGAAGAUGCUUUGUGAAACUCUUCAUAAGAUAGAUGGGGUGUGACAAUUGUUUUAAGUUUCAUGUGAAUCAAUGUUUUCUUUAGU